AUGACGGGCCGAGGCAAAGGUAAGGAGGUUCAACUGCAGGUUGAAAUUGAAAAUCAGGAGGAUUGGGAGGAACAGAUCGCCAAGGAAGGAUUGCUCGUGGUUGACGUGUAUCAAGAUUGGUGCGGUCCAUGCAAGGCCAUGGUACCAAUUUUUAAAAGAAUAAAAAACGAGACUCAGGAUGACCUACUGAGGUUUGCAACGGCAAAAGCUGAUUCGGUGGAAGCCCUUGAAAGGUACAGAGGCAGAUGUGAGCCUGCAUUUCUCUUUUAUGCUGGUGGAGUGCUUGUGGAAGCGACUCAUGGAGCUGAUGCGCCGACAAUCAACCGAUCCAUCGUAGAACAACUUGCCAUUGAACACACCGUCCUGGAUGCUGGAGGAACCAGAGUGGAGGUGGUGUUGAUGGCAGUGAUGAUGUCAUACAUGUCAUGUGAGAGUGCGUAA